AUGGGAUACGGGGACUGGACCGAAAUCACGAUCCAGAACACCAGCGACGCCGAGCUGCGGUUCAGAAACGCCUCCCUUAAUUGGGGCAAGUUCUAUAACUGCGAACGCGGCACCAACAAGGACGAAGAGAUUGAGCCUGGGUCGCUGGGUGCCAAGGUUAUUCCCGCUCACGGCUCCUACACCAUCGGAGCGUGCGGACGCGAGAACACCUGGAGCGGGACCGAGGGUCAGUUCGAUCUCUACGCUCCUGGCACCGGUCAGCUCGCAGCCACGGUCAAGUUCUACUCGCCUCACGGCUCCUCGUACAAUUCAGUCAACAUUGAUUGCCCCAACAAGGAAUGGUCUGCGGGCCAGAACGGCGCUUACCUGGGAAACGACAAGCCCCUAGGCGCUUUCACCGUGACCGUCGCACACGCUGCCUGAAGUGCAUGGGGUUCGCAAUCGUUCCUUCAACGAUGUAUUUUUGUUUCAGGUUGCGGUCCACGAGUGCUCGUGGAUUGGAAGCCUUGUCAUCACUUGUCCCACGUGUUUCCAUCGCGGCAAUUAUGGGUUCAGUAGGGCGCAAGGGCGUUUUGUAUGCGUUGUUCGAAUUAUAACUGUUGGCGAUAUGGACGAGAGACCGCGUCUCUGACUGCUAAGCUCGAUUGUCAAAGCCAGCCAUUG